CCCCAUUCCUCUCUUCUACAUUCACAACUCCUUCCCUUCCUCUUGCAACUAACAGACAACCAGGCCACCAUGACCCAGACAGGCUCCAUCAAUCAUAUCUCUCUUUCCUCUUCAGAUUAUGAGCAGAGCAAGAAGUUCUACGGCUUUCUCUUGGUCGACCUCUUGGGGUACAAGAUGGUGGCUGAAACUCCUCACUUCACCAUGUGGGCCCAUCCCUCUGGCGUUGGCAUCUGCGUCAGUCCUGGUAGCAAGGAGCCUCACCACAAGACUACCCCUGGCCUGAAUCAUUUGGCAUUCAACACCGCGACUCACGAACUCAUCGACGAGUUCUAUAACAAGAUCGUCCAGUUCCAGGAGGCAAACAAGUCCACCAUCAGUGCCAGUGCCAUCCUGGAUAAGCCUGCUCUGUACCCUCAGUACUCUGAGGGCUACUACGCUGUCUUUUUCACUGACCCCGAUGGUGUCAAGUUGGAGCUCGCCUUCAUUCCUUCUUAUGGACAUUAAAAGUGCUACUUCGCUCUACGCGUGGCUUUUCUAUCCAAGCUCCUUUCCCUGGAGAUUAUAUAUAGCGCAUUUAGGAGCAAAGAAAUAAAUAAAGCCUCCAAGGAGGACAGAAAGUG